CAACACAUCCAGAGAGGCGGGCCUAUGUGCGGGGAGGAUGAGCAGCGGGCUCGGUGCUGCUCAGCGGUCGUGAUUUCACCGAUGCGGAGCUGAGCGGACGCACAGACAUGGUGACACGUGGAUUUUUGCCGGAGAGAGGACCCGCCGGCCGCCGGGCGGAUUAACCGCUCGUCGCAUGGGUGUGUAUCGGCGUCCCGGACUGCUCCGCUCUCCUUCCCACUCCGGGACCCGGCGAUGCGCUCUUUAAAGGAAACGGGUUUCGCAGGGACAUCCGGAAAACGCAUGCAUGCGCCACGGCCACUCCGCAUCCAGAUAUGCCUCUGACAACACAAAGCCCGGUUUCAAGGAGCCCCGAUAAGAAACCACGCAUGCAAAUCGGCAUGGGUGCAUCCACACGGUUAUUUCGCUACAUUGCGCGGAUGAGGCUUUGGAGCGCAGUUGUGCAAUGAGAUCGGGAAUUAUCAAGUAGACUUUAUUGAUAGGCUACACAAUCCGACAAUAUGGCUGAUCAGAGCAACAUCCAGUCCGCCGCCUCCAAGAGCAUUCGGCCCUUUAAAUCUAGCGAAGAAUACCUGUAUGCCAUGAAGGAGGAUCUGGCUGAAUGGCUGAACACCCUGUACGACCUAGAUAUCACUGCGGACACCUUCAUGGAUGGGCUGGAGACGGGCUGUGCCCUCUGUCGGCACGCCAACAACGUGAACCGCGCAGCGCAGGACUUCCAGCUGGAAUACCCGGAGGCUGCACAGUCCAUGAAGGUGCCGUCUAAAGAUGUUGUCUUUCAGUCACGCAACGUUGUCCCCGGCUCGUUCCUGGCGCGGGAUAACGUGUCCAAUUUCAUCAGCUGGUGCAGGCAGGAGCUCUGGAUCAAGGACGUCCUCAUGUUUGAGACCAACGACUUGGUGGAGAGAUGCAACGAGAAGAAUUUUGUCCUGUGCCUCCUCGAGGUGGCGCGACGUGGGUCCAAAUUCGGCAUGUUGGCCCCCAUGUUGAUCCAGCUGGAGGAGGAGAUCGAAGAGGAGAUCCGGGACCAGGAGAGCCAGCGGAUCGAUGCGGGGGAGCCAGUGGAGCAGAGCCCGCCCAGCAGGUGCUUCAGUCGGAAGGAGAGCUGUAAGAAUGUGGAGGAUGAGGAUGAGCCUGAUCCUGAGCCGUUCAUCUGGCAGCAGAAGAGAGUUCUAUGUGACAUGCGAAAUUUGGAUGAGUUGGUGCGGGAGAUUCUGGGCCAGUGUUCCUGUCCAGCUCAGUUUCCCAUGAUCAAGGUGUCGGAGGGGAAGUACAAAGUGGGAGACUCCAGUGCGUUGAUCUUCAUAAGGGUCCUUCGUACUCAUGUGAUGGUGCGUGUUGGAGGGGGCUGGGACACAUUAGAGCACUAUUUGGACAAGCAUGACCCGUGUCGCUGUGCUGCUUUUGCCCAUCGCUACCACCAGGCCAAAGCCAGUGGCCAAGGUCAGGGAGGCCAGAGCAAGUCCUCGAGUGCCCACUCCUCACGCUCCACCAGCCCAGGUCCACACUGGCGAAAUGAUGGCAUCGCACCUUACAAGCAGCCUGACAGGCGCUCCUUGGAGCCCCCAUCUGCUCCAUGUGCAUCCACCUCCUCCACGCGGCCUGGCCACUCUCAGAACCCUUCUGGCUCCGCCGAGCUCGACUCCGGUGCAGCACGCACUCUACUCCCACGGCCGCCACGAGACCGCUCAGAACCCCGCCACUUUAAUCCUCUCAGGAAUAAGGAGACAAAGUUACCAGUGACAAGACGUCUGUCUGGAGACAGUGACUCCUCCACAGCCUCCUCUAAGGGAGGAGGAGGAGGAGGAGGAGGAGGAGGGCGGUACUCUGGUGCCUCACGGCGUUCUGGUGAAGAGGUAAUCCUGCUUGUCAAUCGCAAGGAGGGGAAGCAUAUGAUUGAGAGACCCGGAGGCAGAAAUCAGACCCCAUCUCUGCGGCCCUCAAUUCCCCGUGCACGCAGCCAGUCUCGCGAACGUCCUGCGCUCACUCCAAUACUCAAACCCAACCCACCACAAGGAUCCUCUGAUGGGUCGCGAACAUCCCGCACAGAGAGGGGACGCUCUCUUGGAAACGAGGGCCCAAGGAGGGUACAUGGUCCACGUUCUCACAGCCAGAGUAAGUUAUCUAGCCGUACACGGUCAAGCGAUGCCAGCCCGGGACCCGCUUCCUGCUACAGAGACCCUCAACCCCCGCCUUUAGACAGGCGAGAGGACCUUCGGGCAAAACAAGUGCCCCCAUCCUCUCCUAGAAUGGGUGGUGGGUUCAGUAAGAGGCAGUCGUCCUCAUGUUCUAACUCACCUAUUAAAGCGGUUCAAAACAACAAUAGUAGCCCCAGCAAGAAGACUAUAACUACUCCCAGACCUCCUGCCCCUCGCUCACCCUCCAUAGGAAAAGGCAGACUGCUCCCACCAGUUACCUCAGGAGGUCGGCGUUCACCGCACUCAUCGCCCCGCAACUCACACCAUCAUGCUGCCCGCUCCCCUCGGACAUUACAAGGCCCUCGCUCUGCUGGCCGAGGUCACCAUAGAAACUGGUCUGGCAUGGAGCGCCAGGAGCCAGAGGAGGAAGAACUGGGCCUUGGCUUCCAGAUGCUGCCAGCAUUAGACCCCCAGAGGGAGCAGGACCUAUAUCGCAGCUUUGAGGCUGAGUUUCUGGCCAAUACACAGCAGGGUAGAGGAGUGUCUAGCAGAGCCCCAGGAGGAGCAACCCUACAGGGAGUUGGGACACAUUCAGUGCCCGCCCCCACUGAUCCUAAUGUCACUGACUCUGCUUAUUCCUCCUCUAACUCCUCCACAUCCUCCCUGAAUGUGGGUGCAAAGUUAGGAACUCUGCCUGACCUCAGGGAAUCCAAGAGAACUAUUCCUCGUCACUUCCCACUGGAGGACCCCUUACAUUUACUACAUGGACACAAUUUUGGAGGACCUCACAACUUUGGUCAAGGAGAGCCUGAGCAUUGGGGGAGCCGUGGAGGAGGUCUCAAGAAGCUCCCGGCCAUCUCCAGCUCCAUAGAAGAGAGGGACCUUCCAUCGUCCCUGCCUGGUCUUAGAGACACAGACUCAGACAGAUUGAUGAAUCAGGUCCCCUCACAACCUGCUUUCCACUGUAGGAAUAUGAAUGGAGACCAUGGAGGUUUUCCUCCUACAGGGGGGCUGACAGAUCAGCAGGAUCAGCUUGGCUGGGGCACAGGGCCUGAAGGAGAUAUUCCUCUGGAGAAUCACCAGCCAAACUUACCUUAUGACCUAGAAAAUAGUGACGGCAGUGAUGACCUCCCACCCCCAGAGGCUUGUCCGUCACCUGUGCCCCUCCCCCCCUCCGAGGACUGCUCCUUCCAGGAUUCCUCUAGUGAAAACUCUUCUAUGUGCUUCAGCCUGAGCGAAUCCCGCUCGGAGUCCCCCCCACCAUCCUCACCCCUGGCCAAUGGGGACACCGAUGGAGAAGUGCUGCACACUAAGAAAGGGCAAAAGAAAGGAGACAGGGUGGGCUGUAUCUCAAAGCACAAACUGAGAACCAGGAUCAGGCCCCGCAUUGACAACAGGCCAGAAAACAGCCCCUCACGUAUCCCCACCCCGGUCAGCUACAGAGAUCUGCAGGCUCACAACACGCUUUCCCCAUGCCACACCCCACCACUGUCACCUCAGAGCUCGCACUCUACUGGUCAUCCAGCCACAUGCAAGAGCCUGCACCAGGCUUUCACAGACAUGAUCCAUCCUCAACCACGUUCCCCAGCCAUGGGCAGCAAAGAUUGCGCCUACCCUGGACAGUCGGGGAGCCUGGACACUGAAGCUUGGAUGUAGCACAAACAGGGAGUUGUUGUCAUGAACUUUGACUACUGUGUAAAAAAACAAGAGACUUAAGACUGGGCUAUAGACUGUUUUCAUUGCAUGUCUAACACUCAUUCUUUCUCACUUAGUUUCUCCCCUGAAUUUUGCAGGGCGAUCACGUUGCUUUUAUUUUGCACUCAAGCCAAAUUAUUUAUUACCAAAGGAAUGGUCUUUGAUAUUACUUUUACUGUAAUUUUAAUGCGUGCAUGGGGAUGCUUUUGCCAAUCAUAAGGUGUUUUUUUGCAAGACACUUGUGAAAUUCUCAUGGUUGAUUCAGAGAGAGAGAGAGCAUAUGUGCUGCCAUGUGCCCCAUUGAGGGGCAUGGUAAAGUGCCAGGGAUUUAAAGCUGCGACUCUAUGGAUAGCGUAAACACUAAACCUCCAGUCACGUGGAUUGGCUCCCUCUUGUGGUUUGUCACAGCAUCUCAGCUUGCCUUUAUAGUCAAAUUACUGGUAUGACUGUGAUAUUUUCAGUGUCUCCACAUCAGUGGUCUUCACAUGUAACUCAUUAUACUCAUAUUUACAAUAUAGUAAUAGGUAACAUAGACAAAGGUACCCCAUCAUUCUUCCGACUUCAUGAACAUUACAUGCACUACCAAUCCCUGUACAGUUGUUAUUCAUGUCUGCCGUCACCUUUUCACAACAGUUGAUGUAGUCGAGAUUGAUAGUAUUUGUUUUUAAAUUCUUAAUUGUGUUACAGGUUUUCAACAUUAUGUUUAAUGCAGUAAAACAUUUAACUUUAUUUCUAUAUUUUAAGUGGACUAAGUGUAAAAAUAUGAGGAGCGGUGAAGGUUGUAUUACUUUGUGUCAUUGUCACUGAAACAGAAAUGUGGAGAGCUCUUCCUCUGACCAAACUGCACUCUGGAAAACAAUGCUACAUACAUACAUGUGCAAAAGUCAAAAACUUCGGAGAAUGAAUGUGUAUAUAGAUGUUGAUGUGCUCACUAAUAGAUGUGGGUAUUUUGUAAAUAUAUAUAAAAAGGUAUUGACUAUACAGUUUAAUGUACAUAUUCACUGUAAACAGUUCUGUGCUGCCUUAGCUAUGCAAUAUUGGUGUUGGAAAUGCCUUGACGAUUCCCUUUGCCUUAAAAUUUAUUCGCAGGUUAGUUUUUGAAUGUUUUUGCUGGACAUCACUAAGACCUAUUCGGGAACACUACAUUGCCAUCAUGAACUGUUUAUCAUGAUAGAAAUUGAAGAGUUUUGAGUGUGAAUGUGGAAAAAAGUGAGGAACAUUGCCAAAUUGAAUUAUAAAUUAUACUUGAUAUAGGUGUGCAAUUCAUUGUAAAGAUCCAUAAUUUAUUGCCUCUGAAUCCUAUUAGCUGUUUUGAAACACAAGAAGCCAGAUAACCUACUUAGCACGUUGAUUUCAAAGACAUGUCACAAACUAUGGUGACAUCUAGUGGAUGAAGAAAGACACGUUUUACUCAGAGUGAAAAGGGAUACUGUGUGUUUUCCUGACACAGAAGUACUCUUUCCCCCAUACUUUUGGAAUGACAUGUCUGGUGCUGAUUAAAGCCAAUAACAAUGGUAUUAUGAGGUGAAGUUUGAUGGAUGAAGAAUGAUUUUGACUUGAGUGUCUACAUGUGUGCAUGAAUAAUAGAUACUGUAACUGGAUAUGUUCUCUCGUCGAGCUCUUGCACAGUUGUGAAGAGCAUGAAAGGCCAGACUCCAGCUACUGUACUUCUGUUUUUUUGUAUUUAACGGAUGUGGACUUUGUAAAAUAUAUUUGAAAGUGGAAAUGUGGGAAUUGUAGUGUCAGUACCCUGCAGAAACCUCAUAACUUCCAAUAACAUCUUGUUGCCAGUUAAGAGAGGUUGGCAGCCAUUUGUUUUUGAAGUUCUUACAAUAGUUUUGAUAAAUCUCCUCCGGAGAGAUUGUAGGGACAAUGUCAAUAAGUAAGUAAGAAAGAAAACAUUCAUGGAUAAGAUCUUUUUGCAUGGCACUGACACAGUGAGUAGGCUAGAAAAAGAGUGUGCAUAUAUUUGUGUACAUAUUGUAUGAGAAUAUUCGCAGAGUUGAAGUGAAAAGGGGAGUGAUGUUGGUCUAAUUUAUUUAUUUAUGAAAUUAAGCGGCAUUGGGCUCAAGUGACAUUAAGUGUUAAAGAAAAUCCAAAUGAGGUGGGGCCCAACAUGUAGUAACAUCCUGUAUUUAAAGAUAAAGAACAGUAUACUGUAAAGAGAAAUAAUAAUGAGAAUAGCUGCCAGUUUAAAAACUGACAUGAUCCUACAGACAAGCUAAACUGUCAAAAUACACAGAUAAGCAAUGAUUUGAUUUCAUGCCAGCUCCUCAUUGCUACAAAUAAUUUAUAAUGUAUCAGUAUUGUUAGAGCUACAUUGGUCCAAUAUGUUGUCGGUUAUCAGUUUCACCUGUAUAAACAGAUUUUUACUUGUAUUCUAAUUGCUUUCAAUUUUAAUUUGUUUUGGCUUUAGCAUUUUAAUCAACUCGUUUAAAAUCUACCAGUUACGUGAACUGUGACUUCAUACAAACAUGCCAUGACAUUUGGUUAUCAUUCACAAAAAAAGGGUGAUUGUCUUUAUAAAAUCUUUGUCCUGCACAACUCCAUGCAAAUGUCAUGAAACUCUCUCUCCUUCUCUCUAUCCCUAAUCAGCGAAAUCUGAAUGUCCAUGAUCAGACAAUUUCUUUUUGCUAAUGUUAUUUUCACUAAAACUUCAGUUAAAAUGUACAGAUUGCUUGACAUUGUGGAAUUAGUAUGUAUGAAAUGGCAAUACUGCAACAUUUCACUGUUUUUUGAAGUUGAAAACGCUGUCAAGUUGUUCUUGUAAUAAAUAUUUUCC